GUGAGAGCGCUCCAUCCACACCCACCACCUGCUCGACCAAAAACCCCGCAACGCUGCCUCCCGCGCCAUGCCGCCGCGCGCGGCGGCGCUCCGCCGCCUCCUCCCCACUCACCUCCACCAACCCGCCACUCGCCCCGCCCCGCGUCGGCCGCUUCUUCCGCCGCAACCGGCCGACGAGGGUCCGCUCCCCGACCCCUACGCCCUCCUCGUCCACGACCCCAUCGACCUCCUCUCCUCCCUGUGGCGCCGCGCGUUCGCGCACCCGCUAGCGUCCCCGUUCCCCAACCUCUCCGGCUACGCCUCCCGCCUCGACCUCUGGCUCCUCUCCUACCAGCGCGCAUGCGCCCACGCCACGGGCACCUUCCCGCCGCGCCACGCUGUCCCGCUCCCCACCCUCCACUGCCUCCUCCGCCUCCGCGCCGCCGCGCUCCGCCGCCACCCCGCCUUCCCCUGGGGCGCCUCCACGCACCUCCUCCUCCGCUCCCCCGCCGACCCGCCUUCCACCGUCCCGAUCUCCCGCCGCAAGCUUGAGGCCCGAUUCGCGGACGCACCGCCGCCGUUCCAGGACCGCGUCGUCCAGGAGCUCCUCCUCCUCCUCCUCCUCGAGCCCGUCUUCGAGCCGCGCUUCUCCCCAAAGUCUCACGCGUUCCGUCCCGGACGCGGGCCCCACUCCGCCAUCCGCUCCGUCCGCUCCCGCUUCGCUGCUUACCUCUGGUUCGUCUCGGCCGACCUCACCGCGGUGGUCGACGGCCUCUCGCCGGAAACCAUCCUUUCAUGCGUCCAGAAGGCUGUCUCCGACCGCAAGGUGCUCUCGUUGCUCAAGUCUGCCCUCAAUACCCCCGUCCGACCAGGAUCUGUGCCACCACUGGAGAAGGACCUCGACGGGCUGGCCAAGAAGAGGCUGAAAAGGAAGGUUCUCAGGAAGAGCAGGAAGAAGAAGGUGCUUAACGAGAAUGAGCCGAAGCCUGACCCUUAUUGGUUGAGGCUGUUCUUUGGGUUUGCUCCUGAACAGGCGUGCCAUGUGCCCAAUUACGGGCAUUGUGGGAUCAUUAGCCCUUUGCUUGCUAAUGUGUGCCUUAACGAGCUGGAUUGGUGGAUGGAGGAGAAGAUUAAUGAGUACUUUUGCCCAUCCAAGCAUGAUUCGAUUUGGAAGGAGGCGGGUGAUGAGGGGUGCCACAAUCCCGCUUGGCCUGAGUUUGUUCCAUCAGCUGGGAAGGAGAAGACAAGGAAGAUGGAUUUCCUUCGGUUUGGUUCUCAUGUCUUGAUUGGGAUCAGGGGGCCGAGGGAGGAUGCAGUUGAGAUAAGGAGACAACUGAUGGAAUUUUGCGAGAGAACAUUUGGUUUAAGGUCAGAGAAUUCGAUGGUGGAAAUCGAGCACAUCACAAGGGGGAUUGAAUUCUUGGAUCAUGUGAUCACACGCAGGGUCAUCUACCCGACUUUGCGAUAUACUGCCAGUGGAGGGAACAUUGUCAGCGAGAAGGGUGUCGGAACAUUGUUGUCUGUAACAGCGAGCCUACAGAGGUGCAUAAGGCAUUUCAGGAAGCUUGAGCUUGUAAAGGGCGACAGGGAUCCCGAGCCAUUGCCAUGUUCACCAAUGCUCUAUUCUGGGCAGGCACACACUAAUUCCCAGAUGAACAAGUUUCUCGAGACCAUGGCUGAUUGGUACAGGUAUGCAGAUAACCGAAAGAAGAUUGUAGGGUUUUGUGCUUAUGUCAUAAGGAGCUCACUGGCAAAGCUCUACGCAGCAAGGUAUAGACUGAAGUCCCGAGCUAAGGUCUACAAGAUCGCUUCACGGGAUCUUAGCCGCCCUUUGAGAGAAAGCACAAGGAAUGAUGCUCCAGAAUACUCUGAUCUUUUGAGGAUGGGAUUAGUUGAUGUUAUUGAGGGUGUACAAUUUGCACGAAUGUCAUCAAUUCCAUCGUGUGACUACACACCUUUCCCUAGAAACUGGGUACCGCACCAUGAACUUCUAUUGCAAGAGUAUAUUAAGCUGCAGGAUCCAAAGUUCUUUUUUGAACUUCACAAGACUAUCAAACGUCAGGAAAUAAAUUCACCACAGGAUGAUGUAUCAAAGAUGGUGUGGUAUUAUAAAGUACAUGGUGUUUAUGAUGACAAUAGAUCUUUGAUGAAAGCCAAGGAAUUGAGAAAUGGGGAAGUUGUCAAUGGGGACAAGCAACUUCUAUUACAUACAUAGUCCUGACUCUUAUGUUCCUGAUUGUUUAUGAAAUAUUGAUAGAGAUCCAAUUGAGCAUCUGGCAGAUCUCCUUCAGUUGUGAAUUGGUUUUUUGUUGUAUGACAGUAUGAGUGACCCUAUUCUCAUUAUUUGUAAAGAAGAAUAAUGGGUAUCUAUGAACAACAUAUCAGCUAAAGAAAUGCACCAUAUUCAUCUAGCAUGCAGGACUGCAGGAGUAUACGUUUGAAUGUUUACAGAAGCAAUUCAAGAUAGGAUGUGCUUUACUCUAAACAAAAUAAUCGCCAUUUGUCAAGGAUCCACAGACCGCAGGUACUCAUCUUGCAGAUCCCCUAUUUGCUGAAAUGUCGUAGCAUGCAAACUAUUUCAGUAAUUUUGAAAAGAAAAGAAUCAUUUUGAGUGGUUUUGACAAUAGGUCAAUCUGGUAACUUAUGGACACGCCAGAAGAAUUGAUGACUCGGUGUUGGCUAGAGAUAGCUGCAUCAGAUGUCUAGACCAUUCCAUCUAGAAUUGUAAUAUUCUUCUCUCGGUGUUUAACUUCAGCUUGGCCUUUUCUCGGCAAUAGAUAGUUUUGAUGCAAAGAUCUAUAGCCAUUCAAACACCUGGUUGCCAGGACCUGAAGGCAUAAGCACUUUACGGGAUGGCUGAUAUGGAUCAAUGGAUGUAUGGCUUAACAAAAGCUGAGCCUAAGGGGAGAGAAUUUUAAGCUUAAUAAAAAUGUAGUAAAUCAUUAUAUGAGAUAUCCAUUGUUGUCAUUUUUUUUUGCCACCCGUAGCAACGCACAGGCAUUCAACUAGCACUCCAAAUUCUUAAAAGUUUGUGGUACUGAGAUAGUAAAAUUUCAGUUUUCCACAUUCAUUGAUCAAUUCAACUGUAUUAGAUAUAGGGGCAAACCACACCGCACUGGACAGGUUUUGUGUUUCUUGAUACUUUUGGAGAAAAUAGAGAUUGCAUUUGCCUUCCUAGUUUUUUCUGCUCAAAUAAUCAUUACCUUUUACUAAGUCCGUUCAAACUCAGUUUCUUUAGUAGUUAUGCUUUCUUUGGAAUCCUAAAUCUCUUUUGACUUUUUGAGGACCAUUCACUGAUAAAAAGCUAAGUUAUAACCAAUCCAGUUUUUAGCAAAGCAAAGCUUAACCUGAUUUUUGCGAUCCUGCCAGGAUUCUCGGACUAAGGACUGUGAAAUAAAAUGUGGAAUGUUCUCAUUGGGAUCAUCGUUGAUUGACAUUUCCAUCAUUUUCCAGCAUGACUAGCCAGGUUUUUCUGAAAGUUUCAGACUUUUGGUUUAUGACUUUUACUUCUCUGUAUUGAUUCAAUUUCUCCUUUGUUGGCCAGAAUCAUCGUAAGGCAUGUCUAGUUAGUUCAGAUUUAAAUAUCAGUACACAAGAAACCUAGGAAUUGAUCUAGUUGUGCAUUCUGCAUACAGUAAUCCUUUUUGUGAUCAACUAAUACUCUUCUUGAUUCCUGAUCUUUCUAUACUUAAUUGAUGGUGCACUUGAUGGAUAAGUCUUUGUGCUGGAUGGAUAAGGCAUAGGGUCCUUGCAAGGACCAGAGCAUCUAUUCCUUUAGCAUAUUUCAGUUUGCUAGGACAGUCAGUUUGCUAGGACAACAUCUUUUGGCUGCCUGCCCUGGCUGCCUAUAAGUAUGUAUCCCCAGCCCCUUGGGUUGGUAUGGCUUUGAGUUUGUGAAUAUGAGAAAACCAGAAAAUUGCCCCAA